AUGCACACUUUGACAACAGAAUCCUCCUUCCGGCAGCAUUCCCUCGGUGGACCAGCGCGACUAGCUCCCCGUGCCGCCGGGUGCUACGCCCACGACUCCAGCUCAUCAACCACUCCUAGAAACGCCGACCUGCAGCAGGAGGCCUUCGGCUUCACGCUUGGCCCCGCGCUGCCGGGCGAACUGCUGCGGUACCAGGGACAAAGCCCUCCCGCAACACGUCUCCCUGCCACGCGGACUGCCAGCAUAAGGGCAAGUAGCGCGCGGGACGACGACGUCACGGACCGCCUUGCCCACUCCGCCAGGCGGGCGGGCCCUGCUGCGCGGGGCGGGGCACGAUCGCUGACCCCUGUCUGCUCGGCGCGGCGCUGCGCCGCCGCCUGCGCAGCCCCCGCGCUGAGGCAUCGCCAUCAAUUAAAUGUGAUGUUUGUUGGAGGACCAAAUGAAAGGAAGGAUUAUCAUAUUGAGGAAGGAGAAGAGCUUUUUUACCAGGUUAAAGGAGAUAUGUGUUUGAAGAUAAUUGAAAAUGGGAAACAAAAAGACGUUGUCAUCCAAGAAGGAGAGAUGUUCCUCCUCCCUGCUAGGAUACCUCAUUCUCCUCAGAGAUAUGCAAACACAGUGGGUCUUGUGAUUGAGAGGGAAAGAUUAAAGACAGAAAUUGAUGGGCUCAGAUACUAUGUUGGAGAAUCAACUAAUGUCCUCUUUGAAAAAUGGUUUCACUGUGAAGAUCUUGGCACUCAACUUAUUCCAAUAAUUCAAGAGUUUUUCAGUUCAAGACAAUAUCAGACUGGAAAACCAAAUCAAGAUGAACUCCUGAAAGAAACACCUUUCCCAUUAAAUUCUACUUCUGUUAUGGAGCCAUUUUCCUUCCAAGGGUGGUUAAAUGAUCAUCGCAGUGAAAUAAAACAGAAGAAAUCCUUGAGAAUGUUUGGAGAUAACUUUGAAACAGAGGUUAUUGCCUAUGGACCAGGAACAACUGAGGAAAGUAAAAAGAAUUCAGAUACCUGGUUAUGGCAGCUGGAGAGCACAUCCACUGUUACCAUGGAUGAUAAAAACUUCAUUCUAUCUGCUGGUGACAGCCUACUUGUCCGUGCCCAGUCUACGUACUGCUGGAAGAGACCAGAAGAAUCUGUUGCUCUUUACAUUGCUCAGGAUCCAAAACGCAAGCAGCCUUAUACCUAGCUCCUCUGCCAGUUGACUUUGAUGAUAGAAAAGUUUUAAACUACUCAUGUUAAUGAUCUUCUAGACAGAAUUCCUGGAAAUUUGAGUAGUCUUUCACAAUCAUUACACUGAAUUAAGUGGAGUCAAGUGCUGUGCCCAAUGAAAUUUUUUUUCUCCAUGGUAAAGUUUAAGCAAAAUCUACAAUCAGUAAUUUUAAAGAAUUCAGAACAAACAGAGCAAUAAUUCUUAUCUAAAAGGAAAUAAAACAGAUUCAUGCGGCAGGAUUACUUCUAAUAUAUAUGAUACAAUCUAGAAUAAAUUAAAGGCUUUUCAAAUGCAGUUUUUUGCUGCAAGGUGUAGACAACAAGAUAGGAUAGAUACCAUUGUGCUUAUUUAGGUAACGCUUCAUUUCUUUACCAGUUUUGUCAAUUGUGAUAAAUUUGAUACAGCAUUAGCUACCUAGCUCACAGUAGGCUCACCAGUAGGCUAAGUACAUAGGGAGUAUUACAUCCCCAGUCCAGCUGGCCACACUAUUUCUGAUAUGGGCCAAAAUGCCAUUGGCCUUCUGUGCCACCUGGGCACACUGCUGGCUUUGCACAGCUGCCUGUCAACAAGUAUUCCCAGGUCCCUCUCCCUGGGAUGCUCUCUAGCUAUGCAUCCCUCAGUCUCUAGCGAGGUAUGAGGUUAUUGUGGCCAAAGUGUAGGACUCUGCACUUGGUCCUAUUGAAUCUUAUACCAUUGGCCUCAGCCCAUUGACCCAGCCUGUCCAGGUCCAUCUACAUCAUCUUCCUACCCUCUAGGAGAUUGACACUCCCUCCCAAUUUGGUGUCAUCUGCAAAUUUACUGACAGUAGACUUGAUUCCUCCAUCCAGGUCAUCGCUAAAGGUGUUGAAUAGAAGUGGGUCCAGUACUGAUCCCUGGGGGAUACCAACACCACUGGCCACAGGACACCAAAUGGAUGUGGCACUAUUCACCAUGACUCUCUGUCCUUAGUCAUCCAGCCAGUUUUUAAACCAGUGAAGGAUGCACCUGUCCAAGCCAUGGGAUGCCAAUUUUUCCCGGAAGAUGCUGUGGAAGACUGUGUCAAAGGCUUUGCUGAAGCCUGGGUAAAUCACAUCCAUAGCCUUCCCCUCGUCUACCAGACAGGUCACCCAGUCAUUAAAUGUGAUCAAAUUGGUUAGGCAGAACCUUCCUUUCCUAAACCCAUGUCUGCUGGGCCUGAUUCCCUGGUUUUCUUGUAUGUGCCUCUCAAUGGCACUCAGGAUGACCUGCUCCAUAACCUUGCCAGGUACUGAGGUCAGGCUGAGAGGCCUGUAGUUUUCUGGAUCCUCCUUCCAGCCCUUCUUGUGGAUGAACUGUAUAUGCUCUGGAGCAUUGUGGAUCACCGAGUGACAGAUGGUUGAGCUGUGUUUCCACCCCUGAGGCAAACGAUUGAACUGGUACUGAAUUCCUCUCCAGGUGAAUGCAAACUGAGGCCUGCACUCCUUUGCUAUGGGAAUAGAGAAGAAAGCAUUAGCAAUGUCUAUGGUUGCAUACCAUUUAGCCUCCUUCAAUUCCAGCUCGUACUGGAGUUCCAGCAUGUCCGGCACAGCUGCACUCAUGGGUGGCGUCACCUCGUUGAGGGCACAAAAAACAACUGUCAGUCUCCAGUCUCCGUUAGGUUUGCACGCAGGCCAGAUGGGACUGUUGAAAGGUGAAUGAGCUUUCUCUUUUACAGCCUGACUCUCCAAUUGACAAAUCAGCUGAUGAAUGGGCAACAACGAGUCACGGUUAGUUCUGUACUGCCUGUGGUGAACAGUUUGAGUAGCAAUUGGCACUUCCAGAUCCUCUAUGUCAUGAUGUCCCACAACUGCAGAUUCAUCAGAAAGUUCUGCUCUAAUGGACAAUUUCAAUUUACCAUCCUCAAUCUCUGCAGAUGCUAUUCCAAAAGCCCAUUUGUGACCCUUAGGAUCUUUGAAACAACCUUGUCUCAAAAAGUCAAGUCCCAGAAUGCAAGGCACAUCAGGACCAGUUACAAUAGUAUGUGUCUUCCACUCUUUACCAGUUAAACUGAUCUCAGCCUGUAUCUUAGUUAACUCUUGAGAUCCACCAGUGAUUCCAAAAAUGGAUAUGGACUCUGUCCCUUUGCAGUUGGAUGGCAAUAAAGUACACUGAGCACCUGUGUCUAACUACAGCCCUGUAUUGCUGAACUUUUGAACUGCCAGGCCACCUAAUGAAUACAUUCCAAUAGAUUCGGUUCUCUCCACUAUCCCUUUCCUCCUCCUGGCUGGAGGCAGGGCACUCCUAAUGCUGAACAUGGCAUGUGGGGUGUACACAGUGAUUGGUGGUGUUGUGAGAGAAAUUGCAAUUGUUGGAAUAACUGCAAUUGCUCUGGGGAGCUGAAGAAGUGACAGCUACUUCUCUGGCAUUGCUGCCUCUGUUUCUGCCACUCUGCAGUUCCCUGACUCUCUUUGAAAGAGCUGAAGUAGGUUGACCAUCCCACUUGUUCAUGUUCUCACCAAAUUGGUCACUCAAAAUUAUCCACAAUGAUGCACGUGAUUGCUGCUGUCUAGGUGGAAUUUGUCUCCUCCUGGGCUGGAAUUGCCUUGCAGGAGGUGGGCGUCUGUUCCUGAUGGCAGAAACAUGCACCCAUUCAGAUGAUGCAGGAAUGGUAUCCUUUACCAGAUUGGUAAUGUUUCUAAGAUCCUCCUUCAUUUCUUUCAUGCCGUUCUUAAUGCCAUUCUGAAUGCCAUCUUUCAUCUGCUUUAUCUCUGUAGUCACAGUUUUUACAGCAGAGACUAGGGCAGAAUGUGACAAGCUGUCCUCUAUCUGCCUGAACUGGUCAGUGAACUCACCAACAGUGAAAGACCUUCCAUUAUCACUCCUUGAUAGAAACUUGCUGGCCAAGAUGUUAGCAUAGGAUGAAGGAGCAAGCUUAAUAAGCUUCUUCAUGAGACCUGUUC